GACACGAAUUGGUGUCAACAUACUUUAUAUACAACCAGAGAUAUGAAAAAUUGUGCUGUAUAUGUGUAAUAAUAAUUGUAAUGCAUUCUGCUGUCAUUUAUUUAAAAAAAAUAAAAAUUUUAUCCCACAAUAAAUUCUACAUCUUGAAAAAUAAAAUAAAAAUAUGAAUGCAAAGAGAAAAAAAACCCAACAACAGUAUACAGUCCAACUUCCCACUUUGCAGAUUCCUUUUGCAUCCUAUUUAUCCCCUUUGAUACCCACAGGACCAGACCUUAAAGAUUCCAGCAAAGAACUUCCCAGGUCACUUUGCUAAGGAGAGAGAACAUUAAAACCAAACACAGACAGAUAAAGAUUAGCCUCUCACCCCAGCAGCCUGAGCUUGUGCCAGGAAAGUGCAAUCACCUCACUUCUGAAGCAGAUAAAGGUGUGCCUAGGUCACCUACCAGUCACUGGGCAACUGCUGUGACACACUCCUCACACCUGACACUGCUCAGGGGAAAGCCAGGCAGCUUGUGACAGUUUUCCCAGUCAGAGAAAAUCUGGCUCAGCAGGCAGGUUGCCAUUCGUGCAGUCACCAGAGACAAAGCUUGGCGCAUUAGGAUCCUUAGCUCCACUGGGCAGUGACUGCUCAGCCCUGCAGGGAGUGGAAGAGCCACAGGCACAAGAUGAUCCUCAGGAGAAACUUCCCCAAAGGCUUCUGCAUUGGGCUGAUUCUGGUCAUUGCUGUCAACAUCCUUCUGGUAUUUUAUACCAAGGAGACUUUACAUAACUUGAUUCUGGGGCGUCUACACAAGGAGUUUCAUUUGCCCCCACCAGAGUGGGACGGAGCCAUGAUCAAGAGACUCUCUCGCUUGGAAAUGGAUCUGCAGCGUCUGAAAGAUGGUAUGCAACUGGUUAUGAAGCAACAAGAAAACAAGGACCACACACAAAAGAGGAUAGAAGAUGAAGUUCACCCUGCUCGAAAGGCAGUGGAAACCCCUGAGAGGGAGACAAAGAAGCAGCAGAACAGACCCCCAAAGAAACUCUUCCCGAACUCUCCGCUCUUCAAGCAGUGGGGCGACAAGCUUUCUGAAGCCCAGCAGAAAGAGGCAGAGGACCUGUUCCAGAAGUUUGGUUACAACGCCUACCUCAGCAACCAGUUGCCUCACAAUCGCAGCCUCAUGGACACACGAGAUUCCAGGUGUGUUCAGAAGUCAUACCCUUCCCUACUCCCAUCCCUUGGUGUCAUCCUCAUAUUCAUGGAUGAAUCUCUGUCCAUUAUACAACGGGCCAUCACCAGUGUCAUCAGCCGGACCCCACCUCGAUUGCUGAAAGAGAUCAUCUUGGUGGAUGAUUUCAGCUCAAAUGGAGAACUAAAGGUGUCCUUGAAUGAGAAGAUUAAGCUUUACAACCAGAAGUAUCCUGGAUUGUUGAAAAUGAUACGGCAUAGUGAGAGAAGAGGUCUUGCUCAAGCACGCAACACGGGCUGGGCAGCUGCCACUGCUGAUGUGGUUGCCAUCUUGGAUGCUCAUAUUGAAGUGAACGUUGGGUGGGCAGAGCCCAUCUUGGCUAGGAUUCAGGAAGACCGCACCGUGAUUGUGUCUCCUGUGUUUGACAAAAUUUGUUUUGAUACUUUACAACUGGAAAAGUAUGGACUGGCAGUGCAUGGGUUUAACUGGGAACUAUGGUGCCGGUAUGAUGCACUGCCACAAGCCUGGAUUGAUCUGAAUGAUGUCACUGCUCCAGUGAAGAGUCCUUCCAUCAUGGGCAUCCUGGCUGCCAACAGACUGUUCUUGGGAGAGAUUGGGGCUCUGGAUGGUGGGAUGCUGGUCUAUGGAGGAGAGAACGUGGAACUUAGCCUAAGGGUGUGGCAGUGUGGAGGGAAGAUUGAGAUCUUACCCUGCUCCCGGGUGGCUCAUCUAGAGAGAUACCACAAGCCCUAUGCGAUGGAUCUAAGCAUUUUCUUGAAGCGCAAUGCUCUGCGAGUGGCCGAAAUCUGGAUGGAUGAAUACAAACAGAUGGUCUACCUGGCCUGGAACAUACCUCUCCAGAACUCUGGAAUUGAUUACGGAGACAUUUCUUCCAGAAUUGCACUCCGGAAGAAAUUGAAAUGUAAACCUUUUGACUGGUACCUGAAAAAUGUUUAUCCACUCCUGAAGCCGACCCUCAACAUUGUGGGCUAUGGAAGAAUGAAAAACUCAUUGGAUAAGACUGUCUGCCUGGAUCAAGGACCUGUGCCAGGCAAUACCCCCAUCAUGCAUCCCUGCCAUGAAUUCAGUCCACAGAAUAUCUACUACCACCAAACUGGGGAAUUCUACAUGGGAAAUCUGAUUGCAGAGGCAAACUCUGAUGACCGCUGCCUCACAGAUCCUGGCCAUGGGGAAAAGCCUACUUUGGAGCGAUGUUCUACGGCAGCCCAAAGUGGACUACACAUACAUUGGGAUUUUAAACAGGGAAGAGCCAUCGUAAACAGGGACACCAAACGGUGUCUGGAGAUCAGGAAGCACUCUUCUGGGGCCUACAUGCUUGUGCUGCAGAAGUGUACCACGCAAACGUGGGAAUUACAGUACAUCAUCAGAAACUGGGAUCAGACCGAUGUCCAGUGAGCCUGCAGAGUCUGAAUUUGGGACACCAAUUCUCACAACUGGAAUGGCAUCUACCCCCAGUGCUGUGCAAUGUGGGAGAGGGUGAAGGAAAGGAAGUGAGUGUGUGUGUGUGUGUGUGUGUGUGUGUGUGUGUGUUUACUGUGAUCUCAGCGUGCAAGACCCAGGACGUGGAGUCCUGUGCACGUGUCAGGGCACCACGGCUGAGGACCGGAGCAGAAACUGAUGCCUUGUGCCCAGCUUCCCUUGGAAGAUCGUGAUAUCUAUCAAAUGCCAUUCUUGGAAACUCCUUGAAAUAGCCUGUCUCAUCUGCUUGUUCUGUGGAAAGUGGAGGAGGAGGAUGGAAGUUUAUCUCUGACUUCCACCAACGCUGUUUAGCCUUCAUUCCAACAGCUACUAUCGCCACCUGUCCCACACCUCCUCCCCAGCUCAGCUGCUCAGAGACUCCCCAGUCUGUUCCACGUGAGAGGCUGGGUCCUCCUCAUGCCAGUGGCAGUGUGAUCACCAUCCAGGUGGCAUGACCUCCCUCUCCUUUCUGGACUGUCCUGAAAGAUACAACAAGUAGACCAGUCACUUUAACAAAUUCCUCCAUUUGUGUGCUCCCUACUCCAUGACAGCUUUAUUGGAAUUACCUGUCUUUCCCAUGAAAAAGAGAUUGCAGAGGCUGAGGAGAGGAGGGAAAGAACC